UGAAAAGCUUCAUCGUGUAAUUUACCUCAAAUGUGAGCGAAAAUGCGCUCACUAAUUUAGGUGUGUCCCUGUGGGGCGGGUACACUUCCCACCGCACUGUAUGAGCAGUAGAAGUGCCACCUGCGGAAACAAGCUCGGCGCCGGGCACAAAAACAAACACACCUAAAUUGAAUUUGGGCGACCAGUACCGUGACGAGACCAGGGACCGGGGAAGCUAGCUGUUGUUAUCCCACAGCACUACUAGUCCCCUUCUGUUAAGUAGCCUAAGUAGCUACAUAAUGGAAGCAAAUGAAACCCCUUCCUGACACACCGGAUCGUAUUUCAGCGAAUUUCAUGAGCACUAUGAGGUGCAGGAGAACGGAUGAACUCUCCCAACUAGAUGGAUCACACAGCUUCGACAGAGUAGGUCUUGAAGAGGUGUGCGGGUUGGCGCAGAGGUGUAGCGGACAUGCGCAUCACAGAGACUCGCGACCACCUGAGAACCCCCACUCCUUCACACUGCCCUGCUGUGAGACGGCGACUAGGACAGGGCCUGCUGCACGUCAAGUGGACCUUAACCUAAUUAGCAGCUUCCCGUCAAAUCUUGAUUCCUGUCUUCAAAAGACCCCUUCCCGGACCAAAUGGUCAGGGAAGACUAUGUGGUUAAUAUCCACCGAUGCGCGUGAGGCUCCACCCACUGGCGUUGAGAGGAACUACAAGCGCCAGAACUUGUGGACGUGCCUCUGAUGUUUGUUAACGGAAGAUAAAAUGUCCGUUUUUAUAUCUUGCAAACUCUGUAGAAAUAUUCCAAAUGUAUGCCUUGGUGUCUGUUUCCCCAUUCUCACUUUGACAGGUCCUCUGCAUGAUUUUGAAAGCUGUUCAUGAUUUGAAAUGUUGUAUUGAACAAUAAGCAACCGAUCUGCCACGACCAAAGAUUAAACAAUGAUCCUAUGCGUGAGAGUAAAAAGUUGGAAGUGCUUUAGAUUAAUAUUAUUUUAAAACCCAUUUACUCAAAUUUGUAGACAAGAUUCAGGCUGAUGGGUGUGGUCUUCUCCAAGUCGGCACUCCCUCUUCCUACGCCCCGCCCCUGGGGUAUUUAACUCUAAACUCACACCUUUCUCAGGGAGUUGAGUUCAUGCUAGUCUUGUUUUUCCUCUCCUCGUACCUUGCGGGCAGCUCGCCAGCAGGGCUGGCCAUCGUCCCCCCCCCCCCCCACACACUUGGUAAACGCGAGCCGGGAUCGAACGGACAUGGCUUCCCAGCCUAAACUUGCGCCUCCGCUAAGCGAGCAGAGCCGCUACUACGAAGGUACAGAGUCAGCUCCCAGCCAAGCGGGAUCACUCUGAAAUUACCAGCGAGCCACGAAAGAGGCAGGAAGAGAGACGUCCAGUUCUCCCAAGAAAGCGUGACAAUCAGCCAUUGCAACCAAAUCUGUCGCGUUGCUUCCGGAGCACCUUCCAAAGGAAGACCACGGCCGAAGACCGGCUGAUCAGCAUUCCUUUGCCAGAAUUGUUUUAAGGCCAGAAGCUGGAGGUUUUAAGGCUGGCCCAAGACAACGCACAAAUCAUUCUUGGAGCUGAUAACAUCAAAUAAUUGGCCAUGGAUGGAGGCGAAGUUUUGCGACCGUUAUCCGGACCGAGCAUAAGCGGCGGGCGCCUCUCCGUGCGAGGCCGGCAGACAGCGGUCAGGCUUCGGCCUCAGGUGCAUCGCUGAGGUGGGGCGACGCGGACGUCCGGCAGGUGUUGCAGAGGCAUGGACUGUAACUGCGUCAGCGAUCUGCUGCUCCCUCCAGUGCCCGCACUCUGGACGCCAGGGUUUGCCUUCCCUGACUGGGCCUACAAGCCGGAGUCGAGCCCGGGAUCACGGCAGAUCCAGCUGUGGCACUUCAUCUUGGAGCUGCUGCAGAAGGAGGAGUACCAGGGCGUGAUCGCGUGGCAGGGCGACUACGGCGAGUUCGUCAUCAAGGACCCAGACGAGGUGGCUCGAUUGUGGGGGAUCAGGAAGUGUAAACCUCACAUGAACUAUGACAAGCUGAGCAGAGCACUAAGGUAUUACUACAACAAGCGCAUUUUGCACAAAACCAAAGGGAAGCGCUUCACAUACAAGUUCAACUUUAGCAAGGUGGUGCUAGUCAACUAUCCCAUCCUCGACAUGGCCAACUCGCCCUUCUUCCUGGCCCAGAACCACUUCAAUGGAGGCUCCACCGCACCCGACUGCACCCCAGAGACCAUCCAGUCCCUGUUUCCUCGCUUACCAGACUCGGGCCGAACCUCCUCCCUGUUUGAUCGAGGGAGCACAGCGCCGGGGCCAGAAGGAGACAAGCUCCGACUGGACACAUUUCCUUUCCUGAGUUCAGGUGGCCCAUGCUACACCAAACCUCCAUCCCUUCUGGGCGCCUACCCCCGCAGCCCACCCUUCGACUACCCGUGGGGUUUCAACCCCUACCUCCCAGGGGCCUUCUCCCUCAACAACUGCCCCAAGCUGCCCCCCGGCUCCCUCUACCCCUCCCAGUUCUAUCCCGGCCCCUUGCCCAGCAGCCUCUCUCAGCUGUCCCACCCCUUCACCACCCUGCUACCACAUGGGGAGGCCGAGAGGGGAGCGGCCGGCGGGACCAACGGGGCGCUGGGGGGCCGACCGACCGCGCUGCCGUACCCGGGGAGCCUGUCACUAAACCGCGCCGACCUAGGCAACUCUCUGUUGGGCGGGGAGCGUGCCCGGGCCACACCCCCGAUUCUGGGCCCUGGGCGCCAGAGCCCCACGGAGAGGCGGGGAAGCGUCAAGCGGGACGCCGAGUCAGACUCAGACUUGGAAAUCACCGACCUGAGUGACUGCAGCUCGGACAACGAGCACGAUUUUGCCACGGCCAAAGACGCCGCCCUGGGGGGGAAGAAGGCGGCGGCACUGCCUCUGCCCCUGCCGCCGCCCGUGUCCGCCCUUCCUCUGAAGGGGCUGAUGCCCCUCACCCCACCUCCGCCGCUUCCUGCCAUGUUGCAUGAGCGCCACAGGGAGACAGACACCCUCAAAAUGAUCCACAGCUAAUACUUCUUCUUCUUUCUCUGCGUUUCUCCCCCUUUGUCCACGUCUUUACCAACACUCGCCACUAGCCUUUCCUCCUGAUUUUUUUUCAGCGUACCACUUACUUCCCUGUUCCUUGUUCGAAAAGGAAGAAGUCUCCGUUUAUGGCCACUUGCAUCAUCAAAUCGACAUGAAUGGCCUCUCCUGUGCUCAAAGUAAGGUUAACAAAGACGCAGGCCAGUACUGCCACCCAGUGGUGUUCAGUGUGCAUCUCUUAUAGUCACCUUCGUAGUCUUGUGCUCAAAAUUGUUGCUCACAACUUCCUCUGAUAAUUUUAUUUUGUUUCGAUGUUUAUCUUAUUAUAAUUUAAAACACAUUUAUAGUGGAGUGAAAAUAGGCAUAUAUAAUUGUCGAUUUUAUUGUCUUAAUUUAUUUUAAUUCAAACAGCAUAUCUAGUGUUGUGGGCGGGGGAAUAUUGUUUUCAAUAUAUUAUUUAUUUAUUCAUUUAUUGUCUAUGAAUUCCUUUCAGUUCACCUUGAUUAAUUCAAACCACAUUUUUGGUGGUUUCAGAAACAUUUUGUCUUGUUUUUUAAUAUUUAUUAAUUUAUUUUAAUUUCAUUGAAUUUAAACCAUAUCCCAAGUGGUGUAAACACCUAUUUUUCUCUGUGUUUGUUUCUCAGUUUAUUUUAAAUUAAUAAUAAUGCAAACCACGUUACUAGUGGUGUGAAAAGAAUGUCUUGUAUUUAAUUGUUUCUUGAUUUAUUUCAAUUUAAUUUAAACCACAUUUCUAUAGGUUUGUUUUUAAAAUCACAUUAUUCCAAUAAUUGAUUUUCAUUUCUAGUGGUGUGAAAAUAUCUGUAUUUUUAUUUAUAUUCUUGCACAUUCUGGGGUAGAAAAAAAAGGGAAGAAAGGAAGAGCAGACAUUUGAAAUGUGUAUAAAUACUUGCGUGUGUAUGUUUUAAUAUGGUGUACAUUUAAUUAUUACCACCUAUGACGAGAGGUAGCCGUAUCGUGGGGAUUUAAUUUCCGUAUUUGAUUCAACAUGUUGGGGGGGUGGGGGGGGGGGCUGGUAAAGUUCUAAGCUUAUGUGUAUCAAAGGUUUCAAUAAUUCAUAAGCAGAUGUUUUUCUAUGAUGAGCUUAUCGGGAUGGUGUCUGAUUUAUUUAAUUGUGCCCUUUAGUUUGUUUUUGUUUUUCAAAAAUGUCCACUCUGCAAAUCCUUUGGGGUGCACAAAAUAUGCUAGUAGCUUAUUUUUAUAUUAGCAUUCAUCCAGUGUAAAGCCACAAAAUGUUCUAUUUCAUUAUAUUAGCAUUCAUCCAGUGUAAAGCCACAAAAUGUUCUAUUUCAUUAUAUUAGCAUUCAUCCAGUGUAAAGCCACAAAAUGUUCUAUUUCAUUUUCCAUCCAUCCUUCCAUUUUCUGAGCCGCUUCUCCUCACUAGGGUCGCGGGCGUGCUGGAGCCUACACCCUGAACUGGUUGCCAGCCAAUCGCAGGGCACAUACAAACAAACAACCUUUCGCACUCACACCUACGGGCAAUUUAGAGUUGUCAAUCAACCUACCAUGCAUGUUUUGGGGAUGUGGGAGGAAACCGGAGUGCCCGGAGAAAACCCACGCAGGCACGGGGAGAACGUGCAAAACUCCACACAGGUGGGGCCAGGGAUUGAACCCCGGACCUCAGAACUGUGAGGCAGACGCUCUCACCAGUCAGCCACCAUGCCACCCUAUUUCAUUUUAGUUUAUUUUAAAAUUUCAUUCCUUGGAUAGAAAAAAAACAAAAAACUGAGCCACAUUGUACUGCGUCUAGGCCAGUGAAAUCUCUAUUGUAAAGUUCCUAAUGUGACACACAAGCGGAUGUAAAUACUGUUUGCUGUGUGUGUGUGUGUGUGCGUGUGUGUGUGUGUGCGUGUGUGUGUGUGCGUGUGUGUACACAUCUCACAUGCUUUGUUUUAAUGUAAAGAGGUCACAUUGGGAAAAAAAAGAUUAAUAUCUUGAAAAGCAAUAAACUUAAUUAUUCUGGAUAUUGCACUCUUGUUGUCACUUUCUUGGUUUAUUUUCUAUUGACAGAAAAAAACUACCAUUAUAUUUUCAUGUACAUUUUUGGCAUACUGUAUAUUUAACAUGUUCAUAUUUUACAAGAUGAUACAGAAUUCUUUGAAUGUUUAGUUUUCAAUGUAAUGUUUUUCUGUAUAGUGGUAUGCUCGCCUGGGUUCAGCGACAGUGUGGAUGUGAGUGUGAGUGGUUGUCUGGCUCCGUAUC